GGUCGACAGGUGCCAGGGACCCAGACGUGGCACAGCAAAGUGAUCUAUCUAUAUAUAAGUGCGCUGAACACGACUGCCAGCGAACAGAUGCCAACCUGCAGCACUGUGCACAGUCAGCAGAUCACCGUAACACCAUGGCCACAGCUCACACAAGCAGAGGUUUUGUGGAAAGGAAGAAGGAGGGCACAGCAAAGCCAAAAGCAGAAGGAACUCUGUACAAUGGCAGAAGAGCAAACACUUGCCCACGGACUCCCCGCAGCAGCACUGCCAGAGGCACCUGUCUACAGCUUCCCCACAGAGUUCCAGCCACCCAGCACAGUGCCAGCCACAGCACAGAGGAGACAGCUGCACACUAUGGAGUGACACUGCUUCCAGCCAGAGAGCUCCCAGUCAGUAUUCCCUGCAGCACGGAUCUGUAUUUCCUCACCCUUGUGGGGCCAGGGUACCUGCAGCUGCUCCUCUUGUGUGACAUCAGAAUUGGGUUACCCAUGCCUGUAGCAUACACACUGCUCCAUCGGCUGGCACUUGUCUGCGCACUGAUAACUCUAGUCUGGAAUAUAAGGUUUGUACUGUUUAUUGGCUAUGAAGAAAGCAUGGAUCCCCUUCAUAAAGUGACCACCAUAUUGAUUUGGGAUUGGCCUUUCCACAAGCCAAUGAACGUUUCAGGAGACGUCUGCGCCGAGCUCUACAACAUCAAGAACUGUAGACUGACUGCCGAUCGGAACAUUUACAACCAUAGCGAUGUGGUGGUCUUUCACCACAAGGAACUUGGUAAGAAUGGCUGUGAGAUGCCCUCUCAAUCUAGACCUGCUAAACAGAUGUGGGUUUGGGCAAAUCUAGAGUCUCCUUCCAACACUAAUGGUCUAGAAAAAUUGAGCAACGUGUUCAACUGGACUUUGACCUAUCGAGAAGAUUCUGACAUCUUCGUACCUUAUGGGCAAUUGGUUCCUAAGCCAGUAACAAAGUUUCAUAACUCCACCAAGACUGGUUUGGUGGCCUGGGUUGUUAGUAACUACCAUCGUUCCCAAGAAAGAGCGUUGUUCUUCAAAGAGUUUUCUUCCUACCUCAAGGUGGAUGUUUAUGGAAAAGCUAGCAAUAGAACGUUAUGUUCGACGUGUUUAAUCCCCACUCUGUCCCGUUACUUUUUCUACCUGGCUUUGGAGAACUCUGUCCACCAAGACUACAUCACAGAGAAGUUGUGGCAAAACUCCUUUCUUGCCGGUACAGUUCCCGUGGUGCUAGGUCCACCCCGGGAAAACUAUGAGAAGUUCAUACCAGCUGACUCGUUUAUCCAUGUGUCCGAUUUUCUAUCGCCCAAACACCUGGCAGACUUUCUAGUGUCAAUGACGCCACAACGCUACCAAGAGUUCUUCCGCUGGCGGGAAACCUAUGGGGUGAAAGUAUACAUGGACUGGAGGCAGAGGUUUUGCACAAUUGGUUCAAAAUACCCUGGCCUGCCCAAGACCAAAACGUACAGCAAUUUAGAAGGCUGGUUUAAUGGUGCAAAACAUGAAACCUAGUUUUAUUGUUGGCUUCUAAAGAGUGUAUUAGAAUCUUAUCAAUUAACGCUGUGUAAGGAGUUUUGUUUUAUGCGUUAUCAUAAAGGGGAAGUGAGGCUGCAAUGAUAUAAUCUACUGCGAAACGCGUCGAUGCGCCUCUAUCCUAGACACUUCAUCUAUGAAGUGGUCUGGAUUCAGGAGGAUAGGAUUCUCUCAGCUGUCUCCUUAUAUGACUAGCAGAAAUAAAUGAUCACUGUGAAAAUGAUCCUUGCUAUAUGUACAUUUUGAGUGAUAGGCGUUUAUUAUACUGAAGAAUAAACACUCUGUUAUAGGUGCUCAUAUUAA